ACCGGCGUCAGCUGUCCGGAAGGGAGGACGGCUCGUUGUUUCCCCCUUACUACGGUAGGAAAGAGGCGUCGCUUGUGUUUUAACGACGUUCCUCUUGCGAGUUAUUGAUCCGGGAGGUUGGAAUCUGUCAAUAGAUUUCCAAUUUUACCUUAGUGUUCAGACGUCGGCCAGAGUUUAUACUAUAGUUUACCUGUAUCCGCCCACCCCCCCGCCCCCGCUGGUCACGUGGUUUCCGACUGCGUCCGCGUGUCUUCCGGUUUAUAAAGAUAAACUUUGACCCCUGAGGUUUCUACCUGUACGUGCCGCCAUUGAGCCAGUCGACACACGCAAUGCAGAGACCCCUUGUGAAUUUGGACCCCUUUCAGCAGCAGCUCCUUGCAGGAUCGGCUGUGGCAGUAGGGGGGAUAUGUGUAUAUCUUAUGUACAAAAGGAGGCAAGUCAAAAGUAUACCCAUUGGUGAAGGAUGGUGGGGAGCAGGAGAGAAACCACCGGCAGAGGAUGAUAAAAUCUAUUCUUUUGAGGUUGAAACUUCACAAGAAGAGAUUGAGGAGCUUCACAGACGCAUUGACAGAACUCGCUAUACCGAUCCAAUAGAGGAUGGCUGUUUCCAGUAUGGUUUCAAUUCCACCUAUCUUAAAAUGGUGGCUUCUUACUGGAGGCAUCAGUUUGACUGGAAAAAGCAGGUGGCGGUACUUAACAAGUAUCCCCACUUCAAAACCAGAAUAGAAGGAUUGGACGUGCACUUCAUCCACAUACAGCCACCACAUCGGGAGGGUCAGCAGGUGUUGCCUCUCAUGCUUGUCCAUGGCUGGCCUGGCUCAUUCUUUGAAUUCUACAAGAUGCUUCCCUUGCUCACAGAUACCCAAGCUGGUCUUGCAUUUGAGGUCAUAUGUCCAUCCAUCCCUGGCUAUGGUUUCUCAGAGGCGCCACAUAAGCAAGGAUUUGACAGUCUUGCUGCUGCAAGAGUUUUCCUGACACUGAUGGAGCGCCUCGGGUUCUCACAGUUCUACUUGCAGGGUGGGGACUGGGGCUCCCUCAUCACCACCAACAUGGCACAGAUGCAACCACAGCAUGUGAAAGGUCUCCAUCUAAACAUGGUUAUCGCACGGAGGAGUCUCAAAUCAAUGUUGUCGAUUCUGAUUGGUCGCUACCUACCCUUCCUCGUGGGUUUCACAAGGGAAGAUGUUCGCCGGCUGUUCCCUUUCAUGGAGAAGAAUGUCUACGAGACCCUAAGGGAAACGGGGUAUCUUCAUAUACAGGCCACCAAGCCAGAUACUGCAGGCUGUGGACUGAAUGACUCUCCUGUUGGUUUGGCUGCCUAUAUUUUGGAAAAGUUCUCCUCCUGGACAGACCUCAAGAACAGAGACUUAGAGGAUGGAGGAUUGGAAAGAAAGUUCAAGCUGGAUGAGCUCCUGACCAAUGUCAUGAUCUACUGGACCACAGGUACAAUAGUCUCUUCAAUGCGCUUCUACAAAGAAAAUCUGCAGACUAACAUUGAGAAAAGAGGGGAUAUGAGGUCCGGAAUAUUUGUGCCUACAGGAGUGGCAGCCUUCCCCGGUGAGCUGGUGCACUGUCCCCGUUCAUGGGCAGAAAUUAGAUACAGGAACAUCCUGUCCUACUCUUACAUGUCUCAAGGUGGACACUUUGCAGCCUUUGAGGAGCCCCAGCUGCUAGCUAAUGAUAUCAUCCAGUUCGUAAAGAAAGUGGAGAAGUUGUAAACUUGUUAGAGCAAUGCACCUAAAUUACUGUAAAUUUUGUAUUGCAUGUGUCUCGGUACUGAGGCCAUCAAGCCUAAAUUCAUGUUCACAACUCAGAAUCUGUAGAAGCUUGGUUUUCCCUUAUUUGACUGAUCAUUCAAAAUGUGUCAUACCUGCUACAACUUGUCACCUAUUCUACACACCCCACUUUCAAAAGCACCAAAAUUGUUGUGUACAAAAUCCUUAAUUAAAAAAAAAUCAUUUAACAUGUCAAAUCUUUUUGUAAUACACAUGUGAAUAAGUUAAUCGUUGUAAAUUCGGUGGCCUUACGCACACGAAAUAGGUAGCGAUUGUACAGAAAACGGCUUGUGUUCUAUUAUAACAGGUGUCUGAAAUUCAGAUUUGACCAGAAAUUUAAAGCGCUUUGAGUGGCUGUUGCAGCUAGAAAAGCGCUGUAUAAAAUGCAACUUGAUUGAUUGAUUGAUAUUCAAAUGGCCUGAUGUGGAAAAAAAAACAUAAAACAGAAGACCUUUUGUAAAAAUACAGACAAAUACACACAAGGACUUGGACCUUGUGUUGUUGUCUUCUGACUAGAUCCUUGUUUGAGUUGUAUUAACUCAGAUGUACAUCGCUUUGGAUAAAUGUGUCUGCUGAAUGAAAUUGUAACAUUGUAAGGUGUGACAAAAGCUAAAUGCUGGUUCUGUAUGACUACUAAACAUAUCACAAAAGCAUAAUACCAUAUUCAUUGUAAUAAACUUAUCAUUUUAAA